AUGGCCGAUGCUGGCGCACGAAAAGCUUACCGAAAUGUGGUAUCGUCUUGCGAUCAUCAGGCCUUAAAAGAAUGCUUAGACAGGAACAACGGUGACAGAUCUAAAUGCAUUAAAGAAUGGGAAGACUUUCAACGCUCCUGUGCUGAAAAUAAGAGGUGCUUUUUAGUGAAUGUUUUAUAAAAUCAAAUGGGUUCAUCCUCGGUGUAAAAACCUGUGAAGUUUUUCUUUGUUUUCUAGCUCUUGUUUUCCUUGUCUCUAUUGUGUUGACUUCUCAGUGGCUUCGUGAGUUUCAUGUACGUUUUUCCACCAAGUAUGAGCCAUGAAAUGUCACGUGCCAAUGAGAGGACAGCAAUUCAGUCGUGGUGUGCAACAAAUGCAGACUGCAUUGUUAACAAUGUUGUGAAAUGCUCUUAAAACUAUCGCUAUCACUAUAAGAGCCACCCAGUGGAUAUGCCAAAAUAAAGCCAUUAUCAUUAUCAUUAUUAUCAUUAUUAUUAUUAUUAUUAUUAUUAUUAUUAUUAUUAUUAUUAUUAUUAUUAUUAUUAUAUAGUGUUUUUGAAUGAAUAGUUUUUUCUUUUUUUUAAGCAAAUUAAUUGUAAAUAGGAUUUUAAUAGUUUUUUAAUAAAAUUGUCUAUUAUUAUUUUAUUAUUAUUAUUAUUAUUAUUAUUAUUAUUAUUAUUAUUAUUAUUAUUAUUAUUAUUAUUAUUAUUCUGUGCAUGUCUCACACCCAGAAGUGGCCUUAUUCUCCAAAGCAUCAAGCUAUUUCCUAUAGCCUUAAUUAGGUGUCUAGGGUCCUUAUUAGGAGCUUGGCUGUUCCCAACAAACAAGCUUUCGGGAGCAAUGCAAUAAUCCCAGGUGUUCCCAACCUGCCUUUCUUUUUCUGCUACCCAUGUAUCAAAAGGACAAGCUACAUCGACAAUAAAGCACACCCUACUCUCCUUUUCCAGCACUACAACAUCAGGUGGUGAAGAUGAUGAUGAUGAUGAUGGUGGUGGUGGGUGGUGGUGGUGGUGGUGAUGAUGAUGAUGAUGAUGAUUAUCAUUAUUAUUAA